UCAUUUCCGCGUUUCCAUUUUCGCACCUUCAAAACAAAGUUUAAAAUCCUGAAACAUUCAAGACGCUUUUACUGGUUGUACAGUGUCACUCUGCUAUACAUGUGAUUAGACACUUCAGUUACAGUGGUAGGUCAGCCAUGAGCACAUAGAUCUGUGAUGGCCAAUACUGAUUUUCAUUUGCAGUUUCAAGAAUUUGAAGAUGAGCAAGGAUUCACAGAAAAUAAUCAAGGAGCCACAACAGUGACCAUCGAUGAGCCCAUCAAAUCUAGAAAACAACGGAAAGCUACUGGAACUGCUUUUGAAGAAGAGGACAACGAUGACAAAACUGAGCUUCUGUCAGGUCAAAGAAAAAGUGCACCCUUCUGGACGUUUGAGUAUUACCAGACAUUAUUUGAUGUGGACAGUCAUCAGGUAAAGAACAGAAUAAUUGGGUCAAUUCUGCCUUGGCCGGGGAAAAACUUUGUUGAGGUCUAUUUACGGAGUAACCCGGACCUGUAUGGACCUUUCUGGAUCUGUGCAACUCUUGUUUUUGCCAUCGCUGUUAGUGGAAACAUCUCCAGUUUUCUUGUCAACCAGGGUCAGCCAAAGUUCAGAUAUGUGCCAGACUUCAGCAAAGUAACUAUGGCAGCCACAGCAAUCUACAGUUACGCAUGGUUAGUGCCUUUAGCUCUGUGGGGUUUUCUCACCUGGCGAAAUAGGAAGAUCACAAGCCUGGUGUCCUACUCCUUCUUGCAGAUAGUGUGUGUCUAUGGUUACUCGCUCUCCAUCUACAUCCCUGCUGUGAUAUUGUGGAUAAUACCAAGUGAAGGGUUGAGGUGGUGCUCCAUCGUGGUAGCUUUGUGUCUCUCAGGAUCUGUGCUGGUAAUGACGUUCUGGCCAGCCAUCAGGGACGAUAAACCAAGGAUUACCAUUGCGAUUAUAUCCACCAUCGUGAUUCUUCACGUCCUGCUUGCAGUUGGUUGCAAGGCAUGUUUCUUCAGUACAUAUGAGAUGGAUCCAUCAAAGGAUCACAAUGAGCCAUCGACAGCGACCAACACUUCAUCAUCCACAAAGCCAAAGUGAAUUACAGCCUUGGGUAAAUACAGGACUUCAGUGAGGUGACAGUGGCGCACUCUCUCAUGUGCUUUUUAAUAAUGAUGAAAUGGCAUAGAAAUGCCAGCACUUUAAGACUUUUAGAUGAGCAGAGUGUCAUUUGAUUGUAGCUGCUGGUGAGAAAAUAAGACAUUUGCAUUUGAUGAGGUGUUAACAUGAGACAGGACUUCCUGUACAUAAUCUGUGCUCCUCGAGAGACUGUUAUUCUUCUGUAAUUGCAGCUUCUCCUCUUGCCUUAUUAGAGAGAAUCGGUUAUCUUGAUAAUGAGAUUGUGGGUUUUCUGGAUUUCUUCAUCUUAUAGUCUGUGAAAGUAAAGCUUUCAUUUUGGUAUGUUUAUGUUUGUAGGUGAGCAGCGAAACCUGGAGAUAAUCAUCUACAUGUUUGAUGUUUUCUGAUUUGAGGUUCAGACACAUGUUGCUGUUACAAAGUAGAGGACAUGUGUAUAUACUGUGUAGCUGUGGUUUAAAUAUUUAUGUGAUAAUUGAGCUUGAGAUGGUUUUCAAAAGGUCACUCUCCUGUUUCUAUACCACUUUGGAACGUGUAUAUGUACUUAAAAUAUUUGAACACUUUAUAAAACUACAGGUCCAGCAGAAAAAGGGAUGGGAAAAAUAAAAUAUGAGUUGAAUUGCACAUAAACAAAAACUGAUUACUUAUUUACAUUUUAAUAAAGUUGAAAGUCAAAGCUACAGUUUAUUUAAAUAUUUGACAAAUGUUCAGUUCUCUGUGGUGGCCAUUGAUUUUAUUUUUUUGCUAUUAUUUUUACUCUGUAUAUUUUUGUGAGAUUUGUAACUAGAUCUAUGCCUUUUCUUUAAACAAGAUACUAGCCUAGAACAUAAAAUGCCUGAACAAUUAACUGUAUUCCAAGACGUCACAUUGUAAUAAAUAUUUAGCAGCUUUUUUCCCCUU